AUGGCUGGAGGACGCGCAUUGGCGCGAAUUUUCGACAUGGGUUCGCAGAGUGGUGGCGACCAUCUGAACCGAGUCGAAAUCCUAUCAGCGCAACACAGUCACAGAAAUCAGAAGCACGAUCGACGUCAAGGGAACGAGGUCGAGUUGAGUUUGAGGGGAUUUGCGAGGAUCCAAUACCGUAUUUUAGGAGUCCUUCACAAAGGAUCAGACUUGAUGUGA